AUGGGCGGCGACAUCGCCGGAGACAAAUAUCAGCCUCCGGGAAAGCUUCCUCUACACAACUUCGAAGUCGAAGAUGUUGAAGAGGCCGACGACUUCUGUCCGAUCGAGCAGGUGGAGCUGACGGUGGCGGCGACGGACGAUCCGUCGAUGGCGGUGCUGACGUUCCGGGCGUGGUUUCUCGGGAUAAUAUCGUGCGUGCUGCUUGCCUUCAUGAACCAAUUCUUCGGGUACCGGCAGAACCCCAUAGGGAUCGACUCGGUGGUGGCGCAAAUAGUGACGCUGCCGAUCGGGAGGUUCAUGGCGAGGGUGUUGCCAACGACGACGUUUGUGGUUCCGUUAACGGGGUGGUCGUUCACGCUGAAUCCGGGGCCGUUCACUAUAAAAGAGCACGUGCUGAUCACCAUCUUCGCCAACUGCGGCGCCGGAGGGGUUUACGCGCUCAGCAUUGUCACCAUUGUGAAGGCUCUCUACCACCGCCCUAUCAAUCCGCUUGCCGCUUGGUUGUUGGUUCUCACUACUCAGAUGCUUGGGUACGGGUGGGCUGGAAUAUUUAGGCGAUUUCUUGUGGACUCUCCAUACAUGUGGUGGCCUGGAAAAAUGACUUCCAUCUCCCUUUUCAGAACAAUGCACGAAGAAGAAGCACGAAAGAAGGGAGGGUUAUCGCGGCAACAAUUCUUCUUGAUGGUGUUCGUGAUAAGCUUCGCAUACUACGUGGUCCCAUCGUAUUUCUUCCCACUCAUAUCCAACAUCUCCGUGCUCUGCUACAUCUGGAAGGACUCCAUCUUGGUGCAGCAGCUCGGGUCCGGCCUGCAGGGCAUGGGAAUAGGCUCGUUCGCCUUGGACUGGGCCACCGCCAGCAUGGUGACCGAUCCCAUCUCCACCCCCGGCUUCGCCAUUGUCAACGUCCUCAUCGGCUUCUUCCUAGUCAUGUACGUCAUGACCCCCAUCAACUACUUCAACAACAUCUUCGAUGCCAAGAAAUUCCCCUUCUUCACAUCCCACACAUUCGACAACAUGGGCCACCGCUACAACAUCAGCCGCGUCAUCAACCAGGCCACCUUCUCCCUCGACAUGGACGGCUACAAUUCAUACAGCAAGCUCCACCUCAGCACCUUCUUCGCCUUCAAUUACGGCAUUGGCUUUGCUAAACUCUCCGCCACCAUUGUCCACGUUGCCUUAUAUCAUGGAAAAACAAUUUGGGAGCUUUGGAUCAAGACAAAGAGCAAUAUGAAGCUAGAUGUGCACACGAGAUUGAUGAAGAAGAACUACGACUCUGUGCCGGAAUGGUGGUUCCAUAUCAUACUUAUACUAGUGUUCGGCCUCUCUCUCUUUGCUUGUGAAGGCUUCGGCAAACAGCUUCAGCUUCCGUGGUGGGGGCUUAUUUUCGCUUGCGUGCUCGCGUUCUUCUUCACUCUCCCGGUCGGCAUAAUCCAAGCCACAACCAGCAUCCAAAUCGGGUUGAAUAUCAUCACGGAGAUGCUAAUAGGCUACGUAUACCCGGGGAGGCCGCUUGCAAACGUGGCGUUCAAGACGUACGGCUACAUAAGCAUGGCACAAGCCCUGAGCUUCCUCGCGGAUUUCAAACUAGGCCACUACAUGAAGAUCCCGCCCAAAUCCAUGUUCGUGGCUCAGCUGGUGGGCACGGUGGUGGCCUCGUCCGUCUACUUGGGGACAGGGUGGUGGCUCCUCGACACGGUCCCCAACAUCUGCGACGUGGCAGCGCUGCCGGAAGGGAGCCCCUGGACCUGCCCGGACGACAACGUGUUCUACAACGCGUCCAUCAUAUGGGGAGUCAUCGGCCCGAUGAGGAUGUUCACCAGCAAGGGAGUGUACGGGCUGCUGAACUGGUGGUUCCUCGUCGGGGCGGUGGCGCCGCUUCCGGCCUACUUCCUGAGCCGGAGGUACCCGGAGAAGAAAUGGCUGCAGCUGGUGAAUGUGCCGAUUAUCAUGGGGACGGGGUCGAUGCCGCCGGCGAGAUCGGUGAGCUUCAUAAUGUGGGGAGCGGUGGGAUUGUAUUUCAACAUAUAUGUGUAUCGAGUGCACAAGCGGUGGUGGGCGAGAUACGCGUAUGUGUUUUCGGCGGCGAUGAGUGCAGGGAUUGCGUUUAUGGGAAUCUUGACUUACUUCGCGCUGCAGUCGUAUGACAUCUCCAUUGACUGGUGGGGAAUGGGAGCGGAUGGUGGUGGUGGUGAUAACUGCCCUUUGGCGUCUUGCCCCACCGCGCCGGGAAUUGUCGUUAAAGGUUGCCCCGUCCACUGA